CGCAUAAAAUACCAAAACAAAUCUACCAGCUGAUGAUAGUCUAUUUUUAGUUACAGAGAAAGGACAACAUUUCUUGUGGGUCUACAAUACAAAACAUUUAUUCUUACAGCACAGCAUCAACUCUGUAUAUUUUAUUUUCCAUAUGUAGUUAGCUUGAUGGCUCCAUAGGGCUAGAUGCCGACCACCCCUGUCCCUUACGUCAAUCCUACGGCAGUGACCUUCUAUCUGGAUGAAUGUCCAAAACAGAGUUUUGGGAUAUUUAAUCCCUUUCCUCAAGACAUCCUAUUUAAAGUUGACAAUGCACAUCCUGAAAAAUACAAAAUAUCCCCUAUGCAAGGGGUGGUCAGCAGCAAGCAUAAAUUCUACAUUGACCUUGAGUGUAUGACAAAAAAUGUUAUUUCAACAAGCGAAGUGCUGGUUAAGUUUUUUAAAUGGUCACGUCCAAGACAUGGACAAAAGUCACGAGCCCAACAAUACUUAGGAUACCGUACAGUGAGGGUCAAUGUGUAUCAGACUAGAACAGAGGAAGAGAGGGCCCCAUCAGAAAUAGGGUCAGUCACUUUCUCUGAUAUGUCUGAGGCACAGUUGAAGCAGGAACAAUUAGGCAGCAUCUAUUCUAGCUACUCAUCUGUUGACAGUAGUGCUGGCGCCCUGGAGGCUGAUAGAAGUGGUGCAGUUAUCACCAAUGUAAUUCUGUCAGUUUUUCUGCUGGUGUUUGGCUUUAUCUUAAGUAAUACAAGUGAGGAUUGGUUCUCUGCCAACUUGUUUGAGAGCAUCAAACCUCAGACAUUAGCCAUAGUUUUUUACACUCUGGCUGGUGUGCUUGUUAUAAAGCUGCUGACUUUCAGAUGAUGAAGGAGAUUUUAAUGUACAGAUCCAAUCAAUACUUCACCACCUCAUUUGACAUCAUGAUGGUUUAAACAGAAUUCUGUAUUGCAACAUUUCUUUACACCCACCAUCUUUAAAAAAUAUAAAUAAAUUGGUAUUUAUUGUCACAAAAAAAAAAAGAAAGAAUCCAACCCAUUGUAGAACAUAGAAAUGUACAAGAGUAAAAACAAAUAACUUAAAUAAGUUUUAUUGUUUUUUUUUUAAAAUUUAUACUAGAAAACAUGUUGAUUAUUUUAUCUUUGUACUGCAAUUUUAAAUGUUUACUUUUGAAUUUAUUCUCAUGUAAAAUUGUGAAUUUUAUUUUUGCUUUUGUUGAACAGUUUUGUAACAACAGAUUGGUUGUAAUUAGCAUGAGUUAAAAAAAAACUUUUACAAAGUUAUAAAAUUAUUUUUUUUAUACUUGUUGACAGAAGAUAAUUUCUUUUUUAGUUCGAAUAUUUCACUGAACUAGUUUGAAAUUAUUUGUUAUCCAGUGUCAUUGCAAUUUGUGCCAAGAAUUUACUUUGCAGCUUGGAAUCCUAGUAUAAGCUUAUAUAAUAAAACUCUUUCAAUAUAAUGAUAUAAUGUACAUGACAUUUAAAAAAAUAAUUUUAGAUAUAAUAGAUUUAUUUAUAUUUUAAAUAAUUUAAAUAGCUGAAAGAUUCUUAAUCAAUUUUUAAAAACAUGAAAUGCAUCGGAUUCAAUCAAUAAUUUUCUUCUUACAAACUUUAUACUGGUGACUUAAAUUCCUUUUUGCUCAAUUUCAUAAUUGUUAAAAGGAUGUAAUCUAAUACUUUAAAGAUACACAUUUCCAUCAUAUUGAAUACUUCUUCAUUAUAAAUUUCUAUUUGACACCAAUUACUGUUACGUUUGUGUGAAUUUUUUGUAUGGUACAAUUUAAAUCAUUUUUACAUAAGCCACAUUAUAACUGUCUUAUUUUUUUUCUUUUAAUCCUAAUUAUCGUUUACUUUCAAUUAUUUUUUUAAUCAAAAUGGUAAUCAUUUUUACUGAACUUUAUGAAGUUUGUUAACAUUCAAGAAUGGAUUAUGAAUAGAAUACUAUAUUUAAUGAGAUCUAUCUGGUGUUACAUUAAAAUCUAUCACCAGUAAUUAAUAUAACAGAAGUAAUUUGUAAAAGAAAACAUCAAAUGUUUGAAAUUUUUAAAGUUUAUGCUUUCAGUAAUCAGUUAAGUUUUAUACUGUUGUUUUAACUAAGGCAUGCAGUUUAAUUCCUAAAAUAUUUUUGCUUUACUAGUAAUUAGUACAUUAUAAAACCUUAAAAAAUAGAAAACAAAAAUAUCCCUUCUGCUUGUCUCAACAUUCACUAGUCAACACAAAUUACCAAAUAAAGUUGCAAUGUAACUUUCACUUUAUGAUAGAUAGAAGUUUGUUUGUGUGCUAAAAAGUAAACUUUAAUUGCUGUUGAGGAGUAAGAGAUUGUUUAUUUAAUUAUUUUGUUCACUUCUGUUAAACUAGAGACAGAGAAAUGCCAGUUUCUCUAUCAAGUUUAAAUUAGGAAAAGAUUAGUGUCAGUUUUUUUUAUCAGCAUGUGCAAGUUACAAAUUACGCUAGUAAUUUUUUGGCCUUUGAAAUAUUUUUCACUUUUAUCUUGUAACAACUUUAUGACACAUUUUUUAACUAGCCAGCCUCAAAAUUUAUAUAGUCUUGUUGAAGUUGGUAAUUUUAAAAAUUUGUGAAGCAUUUAUGGUGCUGAGCCUAUUUGUAAUAGGACAUGUAUCUCAUUUAACUUUACCUCACAAUGUUUGUGUCAAAUUGCAUUAUAUCCUUUGUAGACUAAUGCCUGUUAUUAUAUGGCUGUGUGCAGUAAUUUUAUGUUUAAUAUUGGUGUUUCCAUUGUCUCCUGUAUGGGAAUUCUAUACAAAAGCUCUUGUUGAUAAGUUAUUUACAACACUUUAAAACAAAUGAAUUUUAUAAACAACGUAAAGUAAUUAUAGAUAUUAUGUUUAUUUGGAAAAUGCAUUUUUAUUUAUUAGUAUUUAAUGAAUAUUAGUAAAUAAUAAUCUAGCUUUUACCCAUUGUACUAUAAACUCCAUUACUAAAACACCUGUACUCCUUUAUUUAAAAUAUCAAUUACAAACUGUCUCUUUACACUAGUUAAAUGGCAGAAUACUGGUUUUGAUUGGCUGGGAGUUGCUGAGUGUACUUCUAGAGCAGUAAAUGACUAAGGAAAAUAUCAGUUCUACCAGUUGUACUAACAAUAUUCACAUUAGUGUUCAACAAAAUGUGAAAUCCAAGGUUAUAUAUUUGUAGACUUUUAGACAUCCAAACAUUUUUUUGACAACUAAACAUCUAGGCAUGUGUAAUUCAAAUAUUUCCUUUUAAACUUACUACUACUUAUUUGAUUUGUGUUUAGUUUUAAAACUUUAGUAAACACUAAUUAACUUAUAAUUAUUCUUUUUUUUUUUAAUUUUCUAUCAAGUUGAAUCAUUUUUUAGUUUGUUUUUAAAGAUAUAUUAUUCUGAAACAUCAGAAUAUUAUAAUUUAACCAUGGGUGUUUUUCGUGGUCAUUUUUUUUUGUAUAUCCGACAUAAAUCUCCAAGGAGAACUCAACAUUGCAUCUUGUAAAUAACAAACAUGCCCUGUUUCUACUGCUGUAUAUUGCUGGUCUGUCCACCUUAUGUGAUGUUUGGGGAUAUGGGUUGAACAUUAGCAACUAUUAGAUGUAGAUGAAAUUUUUUUUUCAUUGCAUAUUUAUAAAUGUGUGCAUUAGUGUGACUGCAUUUAGAGACAAAUAAAUAUGUUCUUAUACAUGUGA